UUGUGACUUUGGGUUGAUGUUGAUGGGAAAGAAAUCAUGAAGAAAAGAAGUUUUUCAAUUUUAUGUAAUACUUUGUUGAAGAAUUUUUCGCAAGAAGAACUUCGAAAUGGUUGCCGUCGUAUUGUGGCUCCAGAUUUUGUAAAAAGAGGCACAAAUUCAUUUCACACACAGGUGUCGUCAAACAGCCAACCAGCUAUUUUGUACCAAAAAGAACAUCGAUCCCAGGUUUGCCAGCUUCCUCAACUGGAAGUUCCUGAUGAUCCGGAGGAAUUGUUCAGAGGAAUGUCCACAGAUUUCCCAUGCUUAACAAAGAAUAAGAUGAAUGGCCCGGAACCAGAGUAUGACAAGAUUAUAUCUGGCUAUAAAGUCUUCCAUUACCCACACCCAUUUGAAAUGAAGUACAACAAAGCCAGACUACCAGGAAUAGAUGUGGCAUAUGAGACAUGGGGAAAAUUAAAUGAGAGCAAGAGCAAUGCUGUGAUGAUCCAAGCUGGUUUGUCUGCAAGCUCUCAUGCUAAAAGUCACAGGAAAAACUUAAGGCCAGGCUGGUGGGAAAAAUUUGUUGGACCUGGAUGUGCAGUGGAUACAGACGAGUUUUUUGUGAUCUGUCCAAACAACCUGGGGAGCUGCUAUGGCACCACGGGUCCAUCGUCUAUCAAUCCCCUCACUGGCAAGCAAUAUGCCACCACCUUUCCAUUGAUCAGUGUUGAUGAUAUGGUAAAGGCCAACUUCCUGUUGUUGGAUGAGCUUGGAAUUGAUAAGCUCCAUGCCUGUGUGGGUUCCUCUCUUGGAGGGAUGCUGUCCUUAAUGGCUACAGCUGAGUAUCCAGAAAGAGUGGGCAGAAUUAUUUCCAUCUCUUCCUGUGCCCAGUCGCACCCCUCCUCCAUUGCCAUGAGGUACCUGCAGAGGAAAACUAUUAUGAGUGAUCCAAAUUGGAACAAGGGGCACUACUAUGAUGGAACUUAUCCUAAAAUGGGAAUGAAGUUAGCCAGAGAGAUUGCAACAUUGACCUACAGAAGUGGUCCUGAGUGGGACGAAAGGUUCAGUAGACAGAGGAUUGACCCAAACAGUCCCAAUACCCUCUGUCCCACCUUUACUAUAGAGAGCUACCUCGAGUAUCAAGGAGAGAGUUUCAGCACAAAAUAUGACCCCAACUCACUGCUUUAUAUCUCAAAAGCCAUGGAUCUGUUUGACAUGGGGGAGGGCUACGGCUCCCUGAAGGAGGGAUUAUCACGCGUCAAAUGUCCUGUGAUGGUGAUCGGUGUACAGACAGACAUACUGUUUCCAAUCUGGCAACAGAGGACACUGGCCCAACUCCUACAGGAAUCAGGAAACAAUGGAGUGACAUUUUAUGAGCUGAAUUCUCUUUACGGACAUGACACUUUCCUUUUGGACAUUAAUGGAGUGGGGGCAGCUGUAAAGGGUUUUCUGGAGACAAACUUGAAGUCACUGGGGAUAGAUUUAAUUAAUCGAGGCAAUAUGCACAACAAAGAGAGGGUCUUUUUUUAAAUGCAUAAAAUUUAUGCUUUAAUUCUCAGGGAUACCUUGAGAUUAAUAAAGAUUUCUGCCACCAUCAUCACCAUAAAGAUGACUUGUAAUGGUGUAUGCAUCGACUCCACAAACAGCACUUUUUUUUUAAGAGAAAUUGGCUUUUGGACUUAUUGAAGAAAAAACAAAAUCUCUGAAAUUAUCAUGUGAUUUGUACAUGUCAUUGCUUUAGACACAGAAUUUUUUGACAUCUUCAUAACAACUGAUUUUAGGGAAAAUUGAACUUUACGAAAAGAAAUAUUUGCAUAAAAUGUAGACUUAGGCAUUUUGAACAUGCUUUUAUAAUCAACAGUGCACAACCAUACAUACAUACAUACA